UUUUGGCUAGGACACUAAGUCAUAUCAAGCACGAAAUCCAAUCCAAGUUGCAAGCCAGUUUUGUUUUGAAUUCCCGCUGUGAAGCUCGUUUUUGCGACAAUCAUGAAAUUAAUCAAAUAUACCGUGUGACUGUAUUAUCUAGCCUAAUGUAAUAACUUGCAUUUAGCGCAUGUGCCCUGCUGUAGGUGUGGCGCAAGAUGAGCUGGGUCAAGCCCGACGAUGGAUUUUUUUUGGAGCCGCCACCGAAUCAAAGCGCCCGCAAGCGAGUGACAAGAAAGCGGCCAGCUCCAAAAGACAUCGAAGGUUCCGCGGAUCCGGCUACGUCGGAUCCAGUGGAAGCGCUUGCCCGCACCAGUGGAGGCACGUGGGUGGAAAAAUUCGCUCCGAAGAGUCGUGAUGAUUUAGCUGUCAAUCGGGAUAAAGUGGAUCAAGUCUCUCGUUGCCUCAAGGAAAAACUCAAAGCCUCUGCAACGAAUGCAGGUGCAAUUAUUCUCCUUUGCGGACCUGCUGGUUCAGGAAAAACGGCAACACUACGCUGCCUUGCAGCAGAAGAAGGCUUCAGUGUCUGCGAGUGGAUCAACCCAGUUUCCCUGACUGCGAAAACUGAAUUUAAUCCAAACUGGGAUUUUGGAAGAAGCAGCGGACAGGUUGAGGAGUUUGAAGACUUUAUUUUUCAAUCAAGUCGCUAUGCCUCACUUCUCACUGGAGACUCUGCAAAGAGAGUUGUGCUCGUAGAGGACCUACCAAACAUUUUUAUCAGGGACGUGGAAAGUUUGCACCGUGUCCUCAGGAUGUGCGAUAGGGUUGCUGUUGCACCUCUCGUAUUUAUUAUCAGCGAUUCGUCUGACAAACUCGAGCAUCGACUCUUCCCAGAGGCUCUUAUCAAGGAACUAGAUGUGACCAAAAUCACGUUCAAUGCUAUUGCAACGACCUUUGUCACAAAAGCCCUUUGCACGUUGCUCGAUAAAGCUGUGCAAUUGCAAGCCAUCACCCAUGAACCUACCGCUGAUGAUAUCGACAGCAUCGUUGCCGCAAGCAACGGAGACAUUCGUAGUGCCAUCAAUGCUCUCGAGUUCUUCUGUUCUCCUCAACAGUGCGUUGGCCCUGUAAAAAGCAAGCCCGCUGCAAAGCGGCAAUGGAGUGGCGCCUGCAGGAAGCGGCGAAAGAAGGCAGCAAAACCUGAUGCGCGCAGCUGUGGCAUUGGCCGAGACGUGCCUCUCACCUUGUUCCAUUCGCUGGGGAAAAUACUCCAUUGCAAGCGUAAACAACAAGACUGCACCAAAACAGAUGGUGGGACUGAAGCAUCCGCUGGUGAUCUCUCGCUGUCAUCGAUGAAGGAUCCAGACAAAACCCCCAGCACUGACAUCAAUCCAGAGGAAGUGUUUGAGCGGGCAGCGAUUUCCGGGGAGGCAUUUGCCCUCUUUCUCCACCACAACAUGCCCGACUUUGCUGCUGACAUUCACACUGUGGCCGAGUGCUCGGAGUGGUUCUGCCACAGCGACGUCUUGCUCUCUGAAUGGACUAGUGAGAAUGUGAUGGAAAAACAUGCCAUGUCAGUGGUUACAAGAGGAGUGAUCUCCAGCCUGUCGCAUCUAGGCACUAAAGGUGUUGGAUGGAAGCCACUGAGCAAGCCACAGUGGUCGGCUGCCUUCAGAGAUAUCAGGCAGAAACUUUAUGACCUGCGAGUGGCAUUUAAAGGCAAGAUAACGCAUUCUCUUCUCACCCGAACACAUCGGGAUACACACCGACUCCAUAGUACAGGACGAGAGCUGCAAUUGGACAGGGUGCCGUACCUAGCUCUUCUUCAGAAAAGUGGACUUCAAUUAUCAAACACCAGGAGAGCACUCGUUGAAGAAAUUGGCACUCUGUCGAAUAGGAGCUUCUUUCGUCAAAGAAGCCUUCACGAGCCGGACACCGUGGAUGACAGCGAAGUGGAACUUUCAGUGAACUACAUGUGUAGGAAUGUGGAGGCAGUUUUGGAUGACCCUGACCACUCAGAUGAGGAAGUCAUCAUUGAAGAGUAUGAUGACUGAUCUGCAGUGUCUGCUUUUAACAUGUGUGUUGAUACGCACCUAGCACACAUUUACACUUGCACUGCUAAAAUAUACAUAGUAUAACUUUUUGAUCAGUUAAAUGGCAUGUUUAGUGUGCCUAAAUGUAUUUUAAUAUCCGAUUUAUUUGCAUAUUACAUCGGGUCUUUUGUUUUGUUGCGUAGUAUUUGUAUAUAUAACAAUGCAAACAGAACUGUUUGUUACAUUUUGAAUACAUGGCAUGCUUCUAGUAAAGUAUCAUUCAUGAAUAAUAUUGAUGCAGUUGUCUUAAGUGGAAAAGUGCACUGUCAAGUGGACUCAGUGCACUUCUAAAAAGUACAUGGAGUCUUCAAAAUUUUUUAGAAACAUUGUAUGUAUACAUAUCACAUACAUUCACACGGCCAAAUGAAUCCAACCGACAAUUAAGCCAAAGAAAGCAUAAGGGACAUAAUUUGUUGUCUCUAACGGCAGUGUAGUAA